CUACGUGAUGUCAACUGUCGACAUUAGCGGUGCUAGCUAAUACUUUAGCUUAGCUGUGAGCUAAAGAGUUGCUGCCUAGCACAUCUAUGCCUGAUGUGAAAUAUGUAGUUGACACAGCUUGCGCAAUGCUAACAAACUAGCAUCCAUUUAACCAACUUUAACCCCGGAGUUAUCAAGAAGAUUUGCAUUUCGUUUGUUUAGUAUGGAGUUCUUAAACGUGGAGAAAACGCGAAUGCGCUAAAUGAUGUGAUAAAACGGAGGAAGGCUGUAAAUAAAUUGAGAUAUCAGUUGUUAGUGGACGACAUACUGGAUAGUAUUUUUAAGGAUGGCUUUUAGUACACCCUCUCGUUGUGAGACAGCACAUAUUGAGAGGCUUUGUCAAGCUGAGACUUCACCAAGAAUGACUUGGCAAGAAUAGUAUCUGCAAAUCUGGACACAAUGAACAGGUAACACAUUUAACAGUGCCAGUGUACAGUCCUUCUUGCAAAGGAAGGGAAGGCAUCAGGGACCAUGAGUGAGAAUGGCCCUCAAACAGAGGCGCCAGUGUACUUUGAGGUGGAGGUGGAUCAACUGGAGCGGGAGGACGAAGAGGAGGAAGACAAGGUCCACUAUGACAAAGAUGGCGACCUGAUUGCUGAGCCUUCCUCCUCAUCUGGUCGCGUGUACGACCGCACCACAGUGCUCAUUGAGCGAGACCCCAUCCGACUAGAUGAAGAAGGCGAAGAGGAGGGUCACUGUGGUGGUGAUGAAGAUGGAGUCACCUUUUUAACUGAAGGGGAGGGCGAUGGGGAUGAGGAGGAGGGAUCUCUGGUCUUCAUGGCCGACCCCGAUGGGAUGUCGCAGGGUUAUGUGCACCACACAAUUUCACCUGAUCAGAUCCAGUUCACAAUAAAUCCAGGCUCCACCCCGAUGCCGCGAAACAUAGAGGGCGCCACGCUCACCUUGCACUCCGAGUGCCCAGAGACCAAGCAGAGAGAGGUAAAACGCUAUCAGUGCACUUUUGAAGGCUGCACCCGAACCUAUAGCACAGCAGGGAACCUGCGGACACACCAGAAAACACACCGGGGCGAGUACACGUUUGUGUGUAAUCAGCAGGGCUGCGGAAAGGCCUUCCUCACCUCUUACAGUCUCAAAAUCCACGUCCGUGUACACACGAAAGAGAAGCCUUUUGAGUGUGACGUGCAGGGCUGUGAAAAGGCCUUUAACACCCUAUACAGGCUAAAGGCACAUCAGAGACUUCACACAGGCAAGACAUUUAACUGUGAAUCGGAGGGAUGCACAAAGUACUUUACCACACUCAGCGACCUGAGGAAGCACAUUCGCACUCACACUGGGGAGAAGCCUUUUCGAUGUGAUCACGAUGGAUGUGGGAAAGCCUUUGCUGCAAGUCAUCAUCUCAAAACACAUGUACGAACACAUACAGGGGAGAAGCCAUUCAACUGUCCUAGUGACGGCUGUGAAAAGACGUUUAGCAGCCAGUACAGUUUGAAAAGUCAUAUCCGGGGCCACGGCAAAGGACAGCCGUUCACCGUCACACUCACCCAUCCACACUCUGAAGAUGCAAAUCACUCGCUGUGCCUCAGUGACUUGAGUCUCAUCUCUACAGACUCGGAGCUACGAGAGAACAUCAAUAAUGCUCAAAACUUGGACCUCAGCAAUGUGACUCCUAUUAAAAUCUUUGAACUCAUGUUCCAGAGUCCUGAAAAUAGCAUCAGCCAAGAUGAUCCCCAUCCCAUCAAGAACCCAGGUGAAACAUUCUGUGUAGAGACCUCUGCUCAACCAGGAGUGGCUGAUGCUUCGCCUGUCAUCUCUUUCUCUGUUAAUCCUACCUCCUCAUCAUCCUCCUCCAACAAUGCUGCUGUCAUGGAGGCUUCUUCCCAACAUAUUCAGAAUUCCUCCUCUCAGGCACACACUCCUGUUCCUGUCACAGUUAGUGUCAGCUCCACGCAGAAUCCCCCUUUCAUGCACCUAAGUGGGGCUCAGCAGAUUUCAGAUGUGCCUCAGGCUGUCCAAGCACCAAACCAUGUCACCUCUCAACACUAUGUGGCACUGCCACCUACAUUCCUGCAGUCAGAAAGUGCUACUCAGACUUCUCCUCUACCACAGCCUGUCCCUGUUCACCCACCAGUGGCUCCAGCUCUGACCUCCACAGGUUCAGCUUCUGCAGCCACCACAGCUGAUGGGCUUUCAGCUGUGGCUCAGCCUGUGCCUUUGCCCAAUAGCGCUGUCACCAACACUGGCCCCAGUCAGCCUUCAACCCCAGCCACCAUCAACUUGACAUCGACCCCAAACGUGCUGCAGCCCGGCCUGGUCAUGUCUGACCAGAACCUUCAGUGGAUCCUGAGCAGUGCUGCAAAUAGCCAACAGAACCCUGAGCAAGCAUCUCAUCAAGGAGCGCCUAAAGUGGAAAAGGUUUUUUUUACUACAGCCAUACCAGUUGGAGCAAAUGCUGGUAACUCAGUCCAACAGAUUGGCCUCAGCCUGCCUGUCAUCAUCAUCAAACAGGAGGAGACCUGCCAGUGCAACUGUGCCUGCAGGGACUCUGUGAAAGACAAGACUGCAAAGAGUGCCUCAUCCAUCAUUUCAGCCCCUUCACAGCAGCCAACUGCAGAGCCCACUCCCCAGCUGUCAUCUGAGCCUCCACACCAUUCAACCACUUCAUCUUCCUCAUGCUGCCUCCCCAAGUCUUCCUCCAAGGUGGGUGAGCCAAGGCCAGAGGCCCCCUCUUCUUCUUCCUCCUCCACCACUGCAGCUCAGAGUUUCUCCCCUAUAGUGAGCAACACUGACACCAACCCUUCCCCAUCUGAGGGAUUAGCCAGUAUGGACGUCUCAGACUUCCUGUCCAUGCAGAGCCCCGAGACGGUCGCCAACAUCGAAGCUCUGCUGCUGGUUGCGGAUGACUUCAACAUGACCACCGACAGCGGUUCUUAAGUUUCCUUUUGACUUGGGCACAUCAUGUUUUUCUAUUCCACCCACAACUCCAAUAAUUCUUCAGAGAUGCCUCAUCUGUGACCCUGUAUAGUUUGUGCAUGUAAAACCCUGUGUUGGUGCAGUGCAUUCUGCUCUGUAUGGCACUGUGUGGCAUAUAAACAAACUUGUACCAACUAGGAGUACGUUUUCAGUUUAUAUUCUUUGCAGUAGCUGUGGUUAGUUUGCUUACAGAGAUUUAGCAGCCUUUAGGCAAAUUAAUUCUGACAAGAAGCAGUUGAUCCUCUGUGGAAAACAUUACCUGUAUAUAUUAAUCCUAAUGAGAUCUUCUCAUGAACUGUUGAAAUAACUGUUGUCAAAGCACUGAUAAUAUAAAAGGUCUCAGAGGUUUUAUAACUGAGCAGAAAGGAAAAAAAGAUAUCUGUAUAUCUUUGUACUGUACCAUAGGUCCUAUCAAAUGCUUCAAACUGGUACACAGCUGACCAGAAUGCACUGUAUAUUGGAGGAAUUUGCUCUUUAAUCAUGUUUGAUUUAAAGCACCAUUGAGCCUGCAUGAAGGGAUUUCCAUAGAAUUCAUGUUAUUGGAAAACUAAUGUAAUCAGGAAAAUGUGAUUACUAAUUGAGAGAAGAACCCAUGAUCAGCUGCCUUUUUUUUUAACCGUAUCAAGUCAAUUAGUAAGUUGCCUCCAACUUAAACUAACUUAACUUUUGUAUAUGUUAAUUUAUUUAAAUGCUUGAUUCUUAUUAUACUGGUGAAUUUAUACUAUAUUAGAGCAGAAAAGUAAUCUAAUAAUUUAUUUCAAUCUGGUGUGCUUUCAAGUUGAGCUUUUUUUUUUUCUUAUUUGGUUAUUGAGAUGCUUCACAUUUUGCUGAAAGCAAGUUUGUGAAAAGAUUAACCUCUAGUUUAAUGCACAGUGAAGCAAACUAUCAUCUAGGAUCUGCAAGAUAUGACCACACUUACAGUUUGCUGUCACCAUCCCAUGUUUUUAGGGUUGUGACCAUCUCAGGGAUGCAUCAAGUCAUGACUGAUCCCUGAGUUCGUUAAACGCGUUUCCUUUGACCGAAAGGCUCACACUUGCAGUAGCCCUAUGUUUUGCUGCACUCUUCCCUGUGUUUUGCACACUUUGUUGUAAAAAGAAUAAUUUCACAGCUUGUUAGCUGAGAGGCGACACCACUACAGACCUUUUUUGUAUACAACUGCUGUAAAGUAGCAUUUAAAAGCUGGUGUCUGUAGACUUUGUAAAUAAGUACAUUUUAGUCUAAGCAUCUUUGAGAACCUUGUAGAUUUCAGGAUUUGUAUUUUUGUAUAGAAUUGAGCUCAGAGUUUGAAGCUAAUCUAUCCUUGCAUUUUUCCAUCCCAGUCAGUUUUAAGUUUUUGUUGUUUAGUUGAAUUGUUCUAUAAGCAACUGGGCUUCUGUACAGUCACUCUUUGUAAGAUACGUAACUUAUAGCCUGUUGGGAAGAGUAGAAUUUAACAGUAUUGUUUCACAUGGGACACAAUGCAAUGAUGACAGAGCUAUGGCAUUAUCUCCUGCAGGUUUUUGUAUGGAAGCUCCUUGGCCUUACAAACUAUUCUGUAAGCAUAUUUGCCUCGAUCCUCUUCUUUAGAUGUCAAAAUGUCAAUCUUCAUCUCCUAAUCUCCCAAACCAGAUCACCUUGGUCAAAACAGUAUAGGGUGAUUCACAUUUUAGUUUCUAGAAUGGACGCUUGCAACAAUAUAAUAAAUUGCCUUAUGAUGCUUCAGAAAUCUGAUUUUUAAUCCAUGGUUAGUGAGUCGAAAUUUUCAAAUUGUCUUUUUUUUUUUUUUUGUCCUUUUCACAACAAUUAAGAAGUGCGUCUUUGAGAGGCAGAAUAAUCAGAUGACAUCUUGUCUCGAGUCAGCCAACUCAAUGCUGAUCACAUUUAGUAAAUUCAAAUGUAGUACUGCGGAAAAGAUAAAAGCCACCCCUCUUUUGUUUGUUGAUGACCAAGAACCACAUAUUCUUGUAAUUAUAGCUAAGGCUCAAACAAAAUUGAUGCUUUAAAUUUUUUAUAGGUUUUGACUGCUGUUCACCAUUUUCUUUCCAAUUCUUGUUCCAAACUGUUGAGGUGUUCAGAACGGCCCAAAAAUCAAAUGAAAAUGCAGAUCUGACAGUUAUCAACAAUAUUAGACUGGACAAGGUGAGGAAAGCCCUCUUUUGUUUGGCACAAAGCUCUUUCUGACAGUUGAAAUAUUUGUCAAAUUGUCUAAUUACAUUUUCUAUGAAACCCAGUUUACAAGUUAUUAAACCUUUAAAUCACUAUGAAAUGUCAGAAAACAAGAGCAAUAUAAAGCUGUAAUUGGGGUCAACUUUGAAUGUUACACCACCUAGACCAGGCAAACCUGAACAGAAUUAUUUUACACUGAUUGCAGAUUAUUGAAAAUCUAGUUUGAGUAAUUCCGUCUUGGUUGACCAGUCAAGGAGGUGUAAUUUUUAAGCUGGACCUCGUGCAAGGUAGUCUUACCCCUCCUCAGAAGUGUUAGUCACCUUUCUGUGAUUUCAGUUCAGUUUAUUUAAAUGCCACUAAUUCACAACCACUGUUGUUUCAAAGCACUUUACAAAAAACAAAAGUCAGUUUAAUCCCUUUAUACAGACGUCAGUCCAUUCCCAUUUGAUCCUGGUUAUUAAACAGUGCACUCAAGUUUAGGUUAUUAUUGAAACUGAUUAAAAAGUUGUCUAAAGAAAGCAGCCAGUUGUAACAAGUCACUGACUUACAGCAAUCACCUUCAUAAACUAUAGGCCUCAAAUGUUUUAUAGAAUCUCUGGAAAAAUUAUGUUCUGGUUUGAACUGUGUUUACAAAGACUGGCCACAUGUAAAGUGGUCUUAGACUUAAAGCAGAGCCCAUAUUUAUUAUUCCUCAUUAAACAUAUAAUUAGUAUAACAUGAUACCUUCUAGUUUGACAGUUCUAAAUAUUAGAUUUCCAACUAGGGUGGACCAAAGGUAGUCCAGAGUAAUUAAGCACCAUAAUUGCUCUUUAGUCAAGUCCUGAAUAAGAAGCUGUGACUUGGAUUUGAACUUAGGAGUCUUCUGAAAAGUGUAGUUGCCUCAAACCCAAAAAGGAACAUGUUCCUAACAUGCAAGUUUUUUUUCAAAUCCAAACAGACGUUCCAGGUUUUGUGCUUUUAAAGCAAUCUACAAAUAUAAGGUGUGAGUAAUAAUUUUUAGAAUGUACUGCAGGUUUUAGUGCCCUCAGUUGCAUGGUGUGCUUAAAAGCAUUCACUGCAUAUAAAAGUGUCUAAACUUUUGAAUAGGGUUGACUAUUUAGAGACACCAAAAAGUACUACAAGGAAGCCAAGCACCAUUACUUUCAUUUGUGCAUGUACUGUAAAUUUACAGUACAAAACUAUGCAAUGUAAGGUGGCAUUUAGAGUUUAAUUACUGACUCAAGACAUUUUUUGUUUGCCUUCUACGUGAUUUGCAAACAUAUGCAGCACUGAGGCAAAAGUUGAGUUUUCUGCACACUUGUGCAUAUUGAAAAGGACAGUGUGAAUCUGGACUUUAAAUAGUGUUCUUCAGGUACCGUGCCCACAUAUUUUGCAGCUGUAUUUGAUCAAAAAUGUUAUUAAAAAAUAUAUAUAUUUAGAGAACAGUUCUGUUCUAAGAAUUAUGGUCAAACAUACAGCUUUCCCUAUUUUUAGCCUCAGUGUCUCUGACUUACUGUCAUAGCCUUUUGCAUACGUGAUCAUUCGUCAGCUUUUAUUCUGAAAACUGAAGCUUACUGCUGCCAAUAUUUUUUUUUUCUUAUUAAACAGAAAGAUGGUUUCAUAGCCCGGGUUUGACUUCUGUCUACUCAAGUUAUAGAAGAUUAUGACAUUUGUUUGGAAGCAGGAAGAUUGAUCACACAUAUGGUAAAAAUAAACAUUGUGUUUUGUUAUUUUCUUCCUCCCAAAUGAGCAGUUUAACAUAGACCUUAUGCUUCCAAAGGAAUGUUGUACACCCAAAGAGUGAGAAUUGAGGAUAUGUAUUUUUCAAAGAAUGUAUAAUGUGAAAAUUUUUUUUUCUUUUUUUUGCUUGUUUCGUACAGUGAUAAAUACCUAUGAAUUGAGAGCAAUAUAGUACGAAUAAAACCUUACUCAUGUCACAUAAA